AUGUCGUCGACGUCCAUGCGGUGUGUUCUCGCCCCGAUGACCGCUCCAUCGCGUCGUGCGCGCGCGACGCGCGGAAAGAAUGCACAGCCAAGGGUCGAGCGCCAACCCUCGGGACGCCUCGGCGUCGUCGACGGCGCGCGCGUGGUCGACGACGCGCGCGCGAGCGUUCGAGCGCGCGCGGGAGAGGCUCUGGAUUGGGAGAACGACGAUUUCGUCCCGGCGGGGAAGCAGAAGAAGAAUAAAAAGGUUCCAAAGGCGAAGCCGCAGAAGGCGCCCAAGGCGGCGCCGGCGGCGUCGGCGGCGCCGGCGCCGGCGAAGGAGGCUCUGGAUUGGGAGAACGAUGAUUUCGUCCCGGCGAGUAGGAUGAAGAAUAAAAAGGGAAGGGCGGCGUCGUCGUCGGCGGUUGAGGCGGACCCGGCGUCGUCGUCGUCGGCGGACCCGGCGGCGGCGGCGGCGGAGCCCGAUUGGGCGACGGAGGAGUUCGUGAAACCGACAGAGGAGUUCGUGAAACCGACGACGAGCAAGAGGAAGCCGAAGCCGGCGUUCGUGCCUCCGCCGGAGCCGAGAUCGGAGCCCGCGGUUGUGGCCGAGGAGGUCGCGCCCGAACCCGAGCCGGAGCCUGUGCCCGAAGCAGAACCCGAGCCCGUGGUUGCGGCUGGGACGCCCGAGCCUGAGCCCGCGCCAGAACCCGCGCCAGAACCCGAGCUCAAGCCCGUGUCCGAGCCCGAAGUCGUUGCCGCCCAAGCCUCCGCGGUGGUCGAUGAGGUUGCCGAGGAGAAAUCGGAGGAAUCCGCGCCCGUGUUUGAUGAGGACGGCGAGUACAUCGGUCCCACCAUUGAUUGGAGCGAACCGGAUGAGGUGGAGGAAGACGACGGUAAUCCGAUUCCAAAGUACCUUCGAGAUAUUUUCAUCAACGAUGCAAAGCCGUCAGCGAAGCGUUCGUCGGGUACGGUCACCACUGGAGUACGCUUGGAGAACGUGCGCAAGACGUUUAAGAACAUGCCAAUCCUCGACGGCGUUUCGUGGGACUGCAGGAAGGGCGAGCGCGUCGGAUUGGUCGGCUGGAACGGUGCAGGUAAGACGACGCAAUUGCGUAUCAUCACUGGUGAGAUGGAAGCCGACGAGGGCGAGAUCAUGCUCGCGGACGGGGUGAAGAUUGGCUACCUAACGCAAGAGUUUGAAGUGAAGGAGUCGAACACGGUUCGUGAAGAAUUCAUGGCGAGCUUUGGGGACGAGAUGAAGAUCACGAGCGACAUCGAACGCAUCAAUAAAGAACUCGAGAAUAAUCCAAGCAUGGACUUGGUGCAGAUUCUCGUCGACAAACUCGCGGACUUGCAGCGUCAAGCUGAUCGCAUGGACUUGUUCAAGAUGGAGCGCGCAAUUGAUAAAAUCAUGCCCGAGCUCGGUUUCGUUCAGGAAGACAACGACCGUCUCGUGGCCUCUUUCAGCGGCGGUUGGCAGAUGCGCAUUUCUCUGGGUAAAAUUCUACUUCAAGAGCCGGGUCUGCUGCUGUUUGACGAACCUACGAACCAUCUCGACUUGGAUACCAUCCAGUGGCUCGAGACGUAUCUGAGAUCGCUUGACGUGCCCAUGGUCAUCGUCUCACACGAUCGAGAGUUCCUGGACCAGCUCUGUACUAAGACCGUCGAGAUUGAGCGUGGUGUGGCGACGACGUACAAGGGCAACUACUCCCAGUACUGCUCCGAGAAAGAAAGCAGAGCCGCUCAACAAAUGGUGGCGUAUGAGAAGUGGCAGAAGGAAGUGUCGCGUCAGCGGGACAUGAUUUCGCGUCUGGCGGGCGGCGGACAAUCCGGCCGCGCGACAGCGGCUCAAAAGACGCUCGACAAGCUUCUUGAAGAUGCGGUCGAUAAGCCGUGGAUCGCGAAGAAGCGUCGUUUCUUCUUUCCAAAUUGCUCUAGAAGCGCUCAAAUCGUCGCGCGCGUGGAAAAUGUCACACAUGGAUACGAUGAGAAGACACUAUUCAAGAACACGUCACUUCAAAUCGAGCGCGGUGAACGAGUCGCCAUGAUCGGCGAUAACGGGUGCGGUAAAUCAACCCUCAUGCGACUGAUCCAAGGACGCGAGAGGCCGCUCUCGGGCAUCGCCGAACUUGGAGACACCGACAUGUGCAAGGUGAACUACUUCUAUCAAAACCAAGCCGAGGGCCUGGACACGAACAAGGGCGUGUUACAGACCCUCAUCGACGCCGCGCCGGACGCACAAUUGAACGAUCUGAAGGCGCUUCUCGGUCAAAUGGCAUUCAGCACGCCUUUCCACGAAAAGCCCGUCAAGUUUUUGUCUGGUGGCGAAAAGGCGCGAUUGGCUCUGGCAAAGUUCAUGGUCACACCCGCCAAUGUGCUUUUGCUCGACGAACCGACGAACCACCUGGACAUUCCGAGCAAAGAGAUGCUCGAAAACGCCAUCCGUCAAUUCGACGGCACCGUGAUCGCGAUCUCUCACGACCGUUACUUCUUGCGACAAAUCGCCACGCGCGUUUUGGCGUUUGAUGAAGGCGCUAUCACAGAUUACGCCGGGGAUUACGCAUACUUCUUAUCGAAGAACGACGUGGCAAGCGCGCGAGAUGCCGCGCUCGAAUCAAAGAAGAAAAAGAUUGAGCAAGACCAAACCGUCUCCAAGUCUAAGAUGAGCAAGGCGGAGAAAGCUAAACUGAAGAAGGAAAAGGCGAAAGCAUUCUCGUCAGGAAGCGGCGAGGCGAAGAAAAACAAAAACGCUGGGCGCUGGAAUUGA